AUGAAGUUCUACUACGAAAUCCUGACCACGCCCACGGCCGAUACCCCAGGCACUACGGUCCUUCUUCACUUUCCGGACAAGCGUUACUUCUUCGGUCAACUGUCGGAGGGCACUCAGCGCGCAUGUACGGAGCGUGGCAUUAAAAUAACCUAUCUGACGGACGUCUUCCUCACCGGCCAGAUACAAUGGGGCAACACUGGAGGCUUGAUUGGCGUCAUCCUUACGCUGGCUGAUGGGAUAGCCAGCUCGAACAAUGCUUUGGAACUUCUUGCGCGGGAGAAAGAGGAACGCUCCAAAGAAAGUGGACAGGCCAAUGCGACUUCCAAAAAGGAGCAUGGAAUGUCAUACGCGGUUCACGACGGACAGCUGGUGCCGCAACGAGGAACUCUGACAAUCCACGGAGGCAGAAACCUCACGCACACCCUAGCCACCGCACGGAGGUUCGUCUUUCGCAAGGGAAGCAAUGAGCCGCUCCCUGAUAUCACGGUCCUCGUACGCCAACCGUGGCCCGGUGCGGCCGUCGAGAAGAUCCCUCAUACUACCUGGUGUCAGGAAUCUGUUUCGUAUAUCAUCCGGAACCACGAUGUCCGGGGAAAGUUCGACCCGAAGAAGGCUCAAGAGCUGAAUGUUCGCAAGGGACCAGACUAUGCGAAGUUGACCAGGGGAGAGAGCGUGACAUCGCAGGAUGGCAAGAUCGUUACUCCUGACAUGGUUUUGGGUCCAUCGCGACUGGGUAAGGGAAUGGCAAUUAUUGAUUUGCCCACCCCAGCACAUGUCGACGACCUGGUGAAUCGGCCCGAGUGGAACUCCCCUGCCGUUACUACCGGUCUGCAGACCUUCCUGUGGAUUUUGGGUCCGGGAGUGGGUGAUCAUCCACGGCUCCACGAGUUUGUGGCGAGAUUCUCCAAGUGCGAACAUACUGUGUCCAGCUCGGACUAUUGUCCCAAUUACCUCUCUAUGAAGAGCAUCGCAACCUCGACAACGCGAAUGGGCUUGCUGAGACCUGACAACUACCCAACUCUUGUUCAUGACAAUGUGACCCUUCCGCAGCCCGGCACUAGAACUGCAGAGCCUACAACAGAUACAACGAAAGCCGUUGCCUUGCAACCAGUGGUACCCGGCGUCAUCAUCGACAUGGAGCCUAACUUUGCGCUCAAUUACUCUGAAGUGGAGCCGCACUUCGAGCCCGCACAGGUGCAGCGACAGAUGCCUUGGGCCAUCGAACAGCGCCUGAGCACCAUCCGCAAGCGUGUCAAGAAAGAAGCGUUCACGAAGAAGCUUGAGAGCUUCCAAAAAGAUCUUCCAGGAGCCAACGUGGAGAUUAUCACCCUGGGCACUGGGUCAUCCGCACCAUCCAAGUACCGCAACGUCUCCGCCACUCUUCUCAACGUGCCCGGAUACGGAUACUACUUGCUCGACUGCGGUGAGAACACUCUUGGUCAGUUGAAGCGUGUCUUCUCACCUGAGAAGCUGCGUGAAGUCCUGCAGAAUCUGCGGAUGAUCUGGAUCAGUCACCUCCACGCCGACCACCAUCUCGGCACCGCUUCUGUCAUCAAAGCCUGGUUCCAGGAGAACUACCCCGAGGGAAUCCCGCAGACGGAUGAGGUCGAGAUGGACAUGUCCAAGAUCCUCAAGGAAAAGCGGCUGUUCGUUGUCUCCGAACAAAUGAUGAAGGGCUGGCUAGAAGAAUACGCCGCUGUCGAGAACUACGGUUUCGGCAAGGUGAUUCCUUUGAGUGCCUCCCCCUACCUCCACCAAGGCAACAUCCGAACCCAGUUCGUCUACCGUCACUGCCGUGGAGACGGCUCCUAUCCCGGCCAUCAACUUGACGCCACCAGACCCGCGACCACUAGCCUCAGCUUCCACGACCAAUCCUCCCCCCUCACCUCUCUCCUCCGCGAAGCCACCGGCCUCUCCGACCUCCUCACCACCCGUGUCUCCCACUGCCGUGGCGCCAUGGCCGUCUCCCUCGUCUUCCCAGACGGCUUCAAGAUCUCCUUCUCCGGCGACUGCCGUCCCUCCGCCGGCUUCGCCACCAUCGGCCGCAACUCCACCGUCUUGAUCCACGAAGCCACCUUCCAAGACGACAUGGCCGUGUCCGCCAUCGCCAAGAAACACUCCACCCUCUCCGAAGCCCUCGAAGUAGGCCGUCUCAUGAACGCCCGCGCCAUCCUCCUCACACACUUCAGCCAACGCUACCAAAAGCUCGCCCGAGUCGAAGAAGCCCCCUCCCGCACGGCCAACAAACCCGCCGCUGAACCCAGCCAACACGUCGGCCAAGUCGGGCUCGACGUCCCGGACGACGAGCCCCCACAGAACAACACCACUCGCAACCAGAUGUUCGGCGACAUCAAAGUCACCAGCCGCCCUAAGAUUACCGUGCCUAUCGUCGCGGCCUUCGAUUACAUGCGUAUUCGCGUCCGCGAUAUGCCCAUUGCCCAGGCUUACGCGCCCGCCGUCGAGAAACUGUUCGAUCUCCAGGAACGCGCGGGCGAGGAGAAAGCCGAGCAGCGGAAAGAGGCUGCUAAGCAGAUCGCGCAGAAUCGGCAGAAGGCGAAGAAGCAGAAGCAGGAGAAACAUAAGCAGAUUCCUGCUGCUGCUGUUGAGGAGAUGGAGGUUGAGAAGUCGGAAGGGGCAGGUGCUAAGACGAAGUCGAUUUGGAGUGCGAGUGAGAGUGAAAGUGGGUGGAGCACGAGUGGAAGUGAUAGUGAGGGGGAGCGGAUUAAGAAAGAGCAUUAUGCUAGGAAGCGGAAUGAUGGUGGUGCUGCCAAGGGUGCGCAUAUUAUAAGUACCGCUUGGCUACGGCCUGGUAUAUCAGUUGCAGAAGACUAG